AUGCCUGGUGUACUAGCCAGACUUCAGGAACUCCUCAAUGUUCAGCCCGAAAGGCGUGGAGACAACCUACGGUGCUUCUUCGACACCUUUAACCAACAAGACCCACCUACCCCGGUUUCGGCCCGUAACUACGACCACGCGGCAGAUGAGUUUACGGGACUUGGCCGUAACUCUCGGCCUCGCCCGGUUACUGAUAUCAGUGGUGUGGUACGUAAGCUUCAUGACCGUAAUGGGCAAUUGUUUAAUGUCGCUCCGAACAGCGAUGCUAGACAUUCCCCCAAGUGGUUUUCGGCCCGUUCUAUCAGUAGUGCGGCCCGCUCCUUGAUUUCCUGGGGAUUCCCCUGGGUUAGGAAUGAAGUCCUACGAGAGUCAUGGGGUACGACAUUCAUAUGGGACGACGCUUCGGUGGAGCUAUUCUCCGUCUCGGCCUUCAAUAAGAAGAUUAUCAGCGUUCCUCUAGCUGCCAAUAACCACUCACCUGAACGCAGGGACUUGGCCAUCCUUGCGUAUUGUUGCGGCCUGUUCCUAACGAGAGACUUGGUCUAUUAUUGUGAUGUAUGCUCCAGUUGUGUGAAGCUUCGUGGAUUGCAUGUUGAUCAGCAACUGCAAUGUUUGGCCCGUCACUUCAACAGCUCUGGUCAUACUGACAACCAAGGCUCCCUUCCAGGUCGUGCUAAUCGUGGUCGGUUGAGUGUAUUCCCCUAUUUCUUCAUUGACCAUCCAUGUUUCAAGGAGUUGUCUGCCUUGGACUUUAUGGACAACUUGAAAUCUGAUGUUCUCAACCCCAGCUUGAAGAGGUUCGCUGCUACGUUGCGUGAGAAACUUCGGCCCGAUGUGCACUUUGUCUAUAUCCACAAAGGUAUGGGUCGCUUCUUUUGUUUGGCCCAUCGUCAUGAGUUUGAGGUCCAAUCGGCAUCGCGCCGUAAUAACGUUCCCUUCAUACUAAAUGAGGGGACGUGUCCUUACAAUGAUGUCAUCGAGGCCUCUCUACAACGUCUUAAGCAAGAGAAUUUCGGUUUACCGACGGAGCAAUCAACUCUGGCUUCGGACGGGGAAGGAGAGCUGCGUCUUUCGGAAACGUAUGUCCCCCUACCAAUCGACAUCUUGAUGAACCUCAACCCCUUCCUAUACCGAGGAGGCGGGAAUCGUUCCCUUCUGGACCCCCAUUAUAUGGCUAUCGGGGUUACUCUCUUAAUUCUCCAUCUCCUACGGCCCGAGUUCGUGAGGUCUACAAUGAACCACAAGGACCCCGAAGAGAGCAACGUUAUGAAGAACAUAGGGACUUCUUAA